UUUCGACUGAUUGGUGUUGAAGAAGAUGAGUCUUUUCGCUUUAGAUCCCGAGCUAGAGCAACAGCUAAACGAUAUAGAUGAAUUUAUCAGGGCACAGUAUGGCGACGAUUUAUCUGCCGGGUUCAACCAGAGCGAGUGGCUUUUGCCUUCACAAACCGGGGAAGCCCCGAUGCAGACAAGCUUCUGGAACGUAAGGGCCGAUCACAGUUUUCUACCUCCUUGUGGCGCCAAGACGAACCUGUCCUCUAAAGGACAUCAACCAAAAUAUGCAAGACCUGAGGUAGAGGUUCAAAUUAUGAACUUAAUGGACACCUACGAUAAGAAGACAAAAAAAUGCUCCGGAAAAUACGAAUAUGGACUAGGAUCGUCAGAAGUAACUAUUGUGGCCCGUGCUUCCGAUGAAAUUAAGAGAGUACGAGUUUACGUUCAAAGAUGUCCUGACGCUGCGAUAAGAACUCACGACACAACAGGUCCCGUCGAGCUGCAAGUUAAUUUUCAGCAACACGAUCAGACACAGACUGUCCUUUCGGUAGAUUUGGGCUCAGUGCACAGAACAGAAGAGGGAUCCUCUGUGUACCGACUUGAGAAGGCUGAUGUUAUGGAGAGAAACAAGUGGGAGCUCAUCAUAAUGAUGGGUUUUCAUGAAGGAUUGGUUACAACCAUUAAGUCAAAACCUUUUAGGAUCACUACAAGAGCAACUCAGAAGGCCAAGAGCCUUGAAGUACAGGAUGAAUCAACCAUCGCUGGAAAAGAAGCUUUGAGACUACCAUCGCAAUGCUGUAAAGUACCUAACCACAAACUUGCAUCCGACCACUCGCCGAGGCAGUUUACCUUUUCCGAAAUUGAAAACGACGGAGUAGAAUCACACGCCACAAACGCCGUUGUCAACAGAGUAGCUUUAAAGCUUCGCCAGGAACUCUCGAAGCUUAAUUUAAAUGAUGAAUUUACCCGAUCAACGUCGACGACGCUAUCAACAAAUCCACUCGUUCUCGGAAAAGUUGUUCUUCGACCAGACACGAGACUCGAUAAGAGAAAAGUUUCAGUACACUACAACCGCGAUGUUCGAGCUCGAUACAUCGUUGAACAACCUGAUCUUCCCAAUCUGUUAAAACUUAUGAGCCAUCGGGCACCGGCUUGCACAAGUGGUGGAAGGAGAAGAGCAAAUGGAUUCAAAACUGCCGAAGAAGACUUUUGGUGGGCAUGUGGACUAUGCUUCUUUGAAAGGCGAAAGAAAUCGACAGUCAAAGCCCAUGUAAUACAGAAAGUUUGCCAGAAAACCUCUUUGAGGAAAGAAAUGAGACAAAGAAGAAAGGCGUUGGGCCAUUUGAAAAGAUACGCAAGCUGUGAGUUUAGCACUGAAGAACACGAGGACUUUGAGUUCCUGACUUGGAACAGUCCUCUUUCUGUCUAAUGCUGAACACUGAAAAGCUAAUGUAAUUAGCUGAGGCUAUUGACACUAAGAAAAUACCACACUUUGCAUUUGCUUGAGAGCACAACGCAGCACCUUUGGAUUUCAGAAGGAGGGCAUAAAACUGGAAAAUUCGUUUGGAAGUUUACAGCGUUCAUACGCUAUUUUGGUAUUUCUACACAACAGCUGUCAUGGAGACUAGAUUGCUUACAGAAUCAGUUCAUGCAGAAUCUUGUCCAUGGAAUUAGCGAGAGCUGAUCUACGAGCAAGGCAAACACGACUUUAUUUACGUUUUCUGAAGCAGGGAAAACUCGCAAAGAAGUACAUCACAAACAUUUGAAUUACAUAAGCAGUAACGAUGUAAAUUGCAUGAUUAUUGCUGUUUAUACCUCAAAGGUCUACAUUUUUCUUCUCUUUAAGUGCCCUUUUCAAGUGCAAUUUUAAGCCCAUGCUAAAAAAUACAAUGGUAGGGAAAUGAAAUCAAUGUAGUUACAAAAGAUAGGAAAGUCAGCUGGAGAAGCCACAUCAAGUAACGAAAAUGAGUUUUUCAAGAGAAGUAAUAGUACAGAAGAGCACAUGAUAACUCAGGGUACAUGAAUAUUUAGGAGUUUAUAUCUGAUACUUUCCAAUUCUUACUCCAGAAUGUUUUAAGUAGCUAAAGAUCAUUUCCUUCACUGGCACUAUCUAGAGAAAGAGUUUGAAGCAAUAAGAAAUGCAGUGAGCUGCCGAAAGAAAUAAACUUCUAGACCAUCAAAUCUGUAGUUGCUCCACGCCGAAAGGCGCUAACAACUCGUAAACAAAAAAGAAAUAUGAGUUUCAAAACAAAAUACGUAGGCAGUAAGUUGAUUUCAGACAGAAACUCCAUCCAAUUACUAUGACCUUUGCUUCUGUAAGAUUUAAAAACUUGCUUGCCCAGAUUCACGCACUUAUUUAUUAAAGGACGACAUCGGCAAGUGAAAACUUGUGCAAAAUAAAAAAUACAUCUUUACUAUUGACUUUUUGUUGUAACUAAGAUUUAGUCCAAUGGGCAAUUUUCAUAAUGGUAAAAAUUUUUUUUAAUAAAAAAUAGCCAUUGAUUUUUGAUAGAAAAGUUAAUCAUACUACACACAAUAUCAGAUCACAUUAUGAAAAGUAAAAAAAGUUGGUUUUCAGAUGACGCUAGAAAUUAAGAUAGAAUUCAAAUAGACUCCUAGAGUCUGGUUCAAACCAAGUUUUAGUAAUUGUUUAGUUAUAAGAAGCUUCCAAAUGUCCGAAGUUUGCCAUGUACGUGACUAAAUAUUUAACCGUCACCAUUUUUUUGUAGCACACUGAGCGGGUCAAAAAAAGUAACUCAAGCUCGGUAACAAUGCAUUUUUUGGCCGUGUUGACCGAACCUCGUCACUUUGGCCAUUUGAGCUUCGGUAUAGACAUUAAGUAGAAGCUAACUAAAUGAGUUUUAACACUCAGUUUGUUAUCUUGUUAACUAUAAAAUAGUGUAAGUGGUAGAUAUGGUGAUAAUAAAUUGUAUUGAGGC